UAUGGGAGAGUUCUCGUAGUGUCCGCUAAGGUGUGGUUAGUCCCUCUUGGCCUUUGUGACCCGGAGGGGCUUUGGGGGCGCCGCAGUCACGGCGAUCUGAAGCAGUGCUGUGGCAGACUUGAAUUGUUUUUUCCAUACCUAACGGAAAUUUACUGGCCCAAGACAGUAUCAAAAAUGCAUAUUAAGUCAAUCAUUCUUGAGGGAUUCAAGUCCUAUGCUCAAAGAACUGAAGUCAAUGGUUUUGAUCCCCUCUUCAAUGCUAUCACUGGGUUGAAUGGUAGUGGAAAAUCCAACAUACUGGACUCUAUCUGCUUUUUGCUAGGCAUCUCCAACUUGUCUCAGGUUCGAGCUUCUAAUUUACAAGAUUUAGUUUACAAAAAUGGGCAGGCUGGAAUUACUAAAGCCUCAGUGUCAAUCACCUUUGAUAAUUCUGACAAAAAGCAAAGUCCUUUAGGAUUUGAAGCUCACGAUGAAAUCACAGUAACAAGGCAGGUGGUUAUUGGUGGCAGAAAUAAAUAUUUAAUCAAUGGAGUCAAUGCAAACAACACCAGAGUACAGGAUCUCUUCUGUUCUGUUGGCCUGAAUGUUAACAACCCUCACUUUCUCAUCAUGCAGGGUCGAAUUACAAAAGUAUUAAAUAUGAAGCCUCCAGAGAUUUUAUCCAUGAUAGAAGAAGCAGCUGGAACCAGGAUGUACGAAUACAAAAAAAUAGCAGCCCAGAAAACUAUAGAAAAAAAGGAAGCUAAACUGAAAGAAAUUAAGACGAUACUUGAAGAAGAGAUUACUCCAACUAUUCAGAAAUUAAAAGAGGAAAGAUCUUCCUAUUUGGAGUACCAAAAAGUAAUGAGAGAAAUAGAACAUUUGAGUCGUUUGUAUAUAGCUUAUCAGUUUUUGCUGGCUGAAGAUACCAAAGAACGUUCAGCUGAGGAGUUAAAAGAAAUGCAGGAUAAAGUUGUAAAGCUUCAAGAGGAAUUGUCUGACAAUGAUAAAAAAAUAAAGGCACUUAGUCAUGAAAUAGAAGAGUUGGAAAAAAGAAAAGAUAAGGAAAUUGGAGGCAUACUCCGAUCUUUGGAAGAUGCUCUUGCAGAGGCUCAGCGAGUUAAUACUAAGUCUCAAAGUGCAUUUGACCUCAAGAAGAAAAACCUGGCAAGUGAAGAAGGUAAACGCAAAGAGCUGGAAAAGAAUAUGGUUGAGGACUGUAAGACUUUAACAGCAAAGGAGAAAGAAGUUAAAAAGAUAACAGAUGGACUGCAUAGCCUUCAAGAAGCAAGUAGUAGAGAUGCUGAAGCUUUGGCUGCUGCACAGCAGCAUUUCAACGCUGUUUCUGCUGGCUUGUCCAGCAAUGAAGAUGGAGCAGAAGCAACUCUGGCUGGUCAGAUGAUAGCCUGUAAGAAUGAAAUAAGUAAAGCUCAGACAGAGGCCAAACAGGCUCAAAUGAAAUUGAAACAUGCCCAACAGGAAUUAAAGAAUAAACAAGCAGAAGUUAAGAAGAUGGACAGUGGCUACAGGAAGGAUAAAGAAGCUUUAGAAGCUGUAAAAAGACUCAAAGAAAAACUUGAAACUGAAAUGAAGAAACUAAAUUAUGAAGAAAAUAAGGAGGAAAGCCUUUUGGAAAAGCGCAGGCAGCUGACCCAUGAUAUUAGUAGGUUGAAAGAAACAUAUGAAGCUCUCUUGGCCAGAUUUCCCAAUCUUCGAUUUGCAUACAAAGAUCCAGAGAAGAAUUGGAAUAGGAACUGUGUGAAAGGACUUGUAGCAUCUUUGAUUAGUGUGAAAGACACUUGUGCAACCACAGCUUUAGAAUUGGUGGCUGGGGAGCGACUCUACAAUGUUGUAGUGGACACAGAGGUUACUGGAAAGAAACUACUAGAGAAAGGGGAAUUGAAGCGUCGUUACACUAUAAUUCCACUUAAUAAAAUUUCAGCCAGGUGUAUUGCUCCAGAAACGCUGAAGGUUGCUCAAAAUCUUGUUGGUCCUAACAAUGUUCAUGUGGCUCUUUCCCUGGUUGAAUACAAACCAGAACUUCAGAAAGCGAUGGAAUUUGUCUUUGGAACAACAUUUGUUUGUGACAGUAUGGAUAAUGCCAAAAAAGUGGCCUUUGAUAAAAGGAUAAUGACUAGAACUGUAACUUUAGGAGGUGAUGUAUUUGAUCCUCAUGGAACAUUGAGUGGAGGUGCUCGAUCCCAGGCAGCUUCAAUUUUAACUAAGUUUCAAGAACUCAAAGAUGUUCAGGAUGAGCUGAGAAUCAAGGAGAAUGAGCUUCGUGCUCUAGAAGAGGAAUUAGCCGCUCUUAAAAAUAUUGCUGAAAAGUAUUGCCAACUAAAACAGCAGUGGGAGAUGAAAACAGAAGAGGCUGAUUUAUUACAAACCAAGCUCCAACAAAGCUCAUAUCAUAAGCAACAAGAAGAAUUAGAUACUCUUAAAAAAACUAUUGAGGAAAGUGAGGAAACCUUAAAAAACACCAAAGAAAUCCAAAAAAAAGCAGAAGAAAAGUAUGAGAUAUUGGAGAAUAAAAUGAAAAAUGCAGAAGCUGAAAGAGAAAGAGAACUGAAAGAUGCUCAGGAAAAACUGGAUUGUGCUAAAACAAAGGCUGAUGCAUCUAGCAAGAAAAUGAAAGAAAAACAACAGGAGGUUGAAGCUAUCACUCUAGAGCUAGAAGAGCUCAAGAGAGAGCAUAUAUCCUAUAAACAGCAGCUUGAAGCUGUAAAUGAAGCCAUCAAAUCCUAUGAAAGUCAGAUUGAAAUAAUGGCAGCUGAGGUCACUAAAAAUAAGGAGUCAGUAAAUAAAGCCCAAGAAGAGGUGACCAAGCAAAAAGAAGUAAUAACAGCCCAAGACAAUGUAAUUAAGAUAAAUAUGCAGAAGUAGCAAAAUAUAAGGAGCAAAACAAUGAUUCAGCUUAAAAUUAAGGAAUUAGACCAUAACAUCAGCAAACAUAAACGGGAAGCUGAAGAUGCUGCUGCAAAGGUAUCCAAAAUGUUGAAAGAUUAUGACUGGAUUAAUACAGAGAAACACCUCUUUGGCCAGCCCAAUAGUGCCUAUGAUUUUAAAACUAACAACCCCAAAGAAGCUGGUCAGAGACUUCAGAAGUUGCAAGAAAUGAAGGAGAAAUUAGGAAGAAAUGUCAAUAUGAGAGCUAUGAAUGUACUGACAGAAGCUGAGGAGCGGUAUAAUGACUUGAUGAAGAAGAAAAGAAUUGUAGAAAAUGACAAAUCAAAAAUUCUUGCAACUAUAGAAGACCUUGACCAGAAGAAAAACCAAGCUCUAAAUAUUGCUUGGCAAAAGGUGAACAAAGACUUUGGCUCCAUUUUUUCUACUCUUUUGCCUGGAGCCAAUGCUAUGCUUGCACCACCAGAAGGGCAAACUGUUUUGGAUGGUCUGGAAUUCAGGGUUGCCUUAGGAAAUACCUGGAAAGAAAACCUAACUGAGCUUAGUGGUGGUCAGAGGUCUUUAGUAGCUUUGUCGUUAAUAUUGUCCAUGCUCCUCUUCAAACCUGCUCCAAUUUACAUCUUGGAUGAGGUAGAUGCAGCCUUGGAUCUUUCUCAUACCCAGAAUAUUGGACAGAUGCUGCGUACUCACUUCACACAUUCUCAGUUCAUUGUGGUGUCCCUAAAAGAAGGCAUGUUCAACAAUGCAAACGUUCUUUUCAAAACCAAGUUUGUGGAUGGUGUUUCUACAGUGGCCAGAUUUACUCAAAGUCAAAAUGGAAGGAUUCCAAAGGAAACAAAAUCCAAGGCAAAAGGACCCAAGUGAGCACAUAGCGGAAAUUUAAAGUACAGACUCACUCCUUCACCUCAAACUGUUUUUAGACACAAUCUUUCAAGAACUUGA